AUGGCUACCAAGGUGAAAACAAGGAUCGACUACUCGUUGGUCCGCGGUACAUCUGUCUCAUACACCCCGACGAAGACUGAGCGUUGUGUAAACGUGGGCAACGCAUGUGCUGGCCCAUUCGAAAUUGAAAGACAGACAGAUUUGGGCCUGCAGCUUGAGAGAGAUCGGUAUCUGCCCAUGCCUCACGACUGGUCGCAAGACUUAACCUUCAGUACUAAGGGAAAGGGUCCAAGUCCCUGCAAACUUGGUCGCGAAGGCAGGAUCACUCAUAACAGCUUCCCAACCACAUCCGACGGCAAGCAAACAAAGCAUUUUACCCUUCCUGGGCGCAUCGACAUGAGACAUAGUGUCGCCACCAGCUAUACGCUCACACGAUAUGAGGAUCCUGGCACAACGCCUAAAUUUACAAUCGAGGCAAACACCAAUGCACGAGAGUUCGUCGAUCCUGUCACCAGUGCAAAGUACCGCUGGGUAAGGAAUCGUCGAUUCAGCAUGUUGAACGAAGAGCGCUAUGACUUCUAG